UUGGAGGCAGACUUGGACCCGUCCUCCCCGGGACAGAACCGACCCAGCUGACAGCUUCGUGACUUCACCUGAGACCAGUACCAGCUCUUUCUGGACAGGAACCGGAUCCUCUGGUCCUUCUGGACUCCUGCAGACUCUGGAGCCGGCGGGUUUUGUUCUCGACACAGAUGGCAGUCUGCUCCUCUUCCUCUCUGGUCUUCCUCAUCAUCUUCCUGUCUGUUGCCGUGGAGACCAGACCUUCAUCAGACAGAGAUGAGGAACAAGUUCUAAAGUCUCUGUUUGGCCCCCACCUCAGCUCCCUCAUUCUGGCCCCGCCCACUUCAGAUGAGGGUUCAUCCGGCUCCCUGGACCCCCCGACUCCUUCUGAGGCCGCGGUAACGAUGCAUGGCGAGGCGAAGGUGACAGCUGCCAGGAUCCUGCGGAGCUUCCUGAGCCAGCGGGAGAAAACGAGGAGGUGGGGGCGCAAAACCAUGGUGGCAGGGGGCGGGUGCUUCGGGAUGAAGAUGGACCGGAUCGGCUCCAUCAGUGGGCUGGGCUGUUAGGACACGACGGCAGUGAUGAUCCAUAACUGCAAACCACGUCUGACCUCACCUGCGUGGAGGGCGGAGCCUCUCUGAUGGCCGCCGCCCACAACCAGGAAGGAAGAAAACGUAGAGAAAAACUAUUAAUGACCUCUGACCCAUGGCAGCUCAGCCAGCAGCUAUGAGUGCACGUGAGAGUGCACGUGAGAGUGCACGUACGUGACCUGCGUGUCAUGUGUUGUGAUAUGAGUCAGCAUUAAACAACAGACAAACCA